AUGAGUGUGAUCAUUCGUCUGCAGAACCUGCCCUUGGCAGCGAAUGCGUCCGAUGUGCGCUCCUUUUUCAAGGGUCUGUCGAUUCCUGACGGUGGCGUCCAUAUCGUUGGCGGUGCGCUCGGUGAUGCGUUUAUAGCGUUCAGCACCGACGAAGAUGCACGCCAAGCUAUGUCGCUUAACGGAGCUUACAUUAAAAAUGAACCAGUGUCGCUCCUACUUUCAUCCCGUGCCGAAAUGCAGAAGGUGAUCGAUCAGGCACGGAAGGCUGCCCUUGCGUACAUGCAGCUUAAACAGGGUGCUGCAUCAUCGGCAGCGUCCCUAAAGGUUGCAUCACCACAGACGAACAACAGCAUACCAACGGCAUUGUUAGCUGGAAUAAAUCAAAAAGUAAACACGAUCGCAAGUGUGUCAUCGUUUAACGUGGCACCGCAAGUUAAAGCAACAUCAGCCACCACCGUACAACAACCGCAACCACCGGUAAUAUCGUUGGCUGGCUUUUUAGCGAAAGCUUCCACCGGUCAGCGGAAUAAUGUCCCGGCCGUAGCAUCGAACACGACGGCACCGGUUGCAUCGUUAAGUCCGCUGCUGGCCCAAGGAUCUGCUUACAACGAAAUACCUGGAUUGUCCUUUCUUUCCUCCGACGGGACAGCGUCCGGUGGUGAUGUUGCUGUAGUUUCUCCGCUCACGGGAACUGCAACGCAGCCGACGGCCAAUGGUUCACUUGCCGGGUGGCUUUCGGCAUUGAGUGGAGCCGCUUCGAAGGGAGGACCGAUUGUGAACGAUGUCAUUGUACCGCGUCCGAUCAUUGUGAAGGAUUCGAGUCCGUGGAAAUUUUUGAAAAAGGAUCGUCGCAGUCGUAGUCGUUCUGUUUCACGCGAGCGUUCAUACCGGAGAAGUAGUCGAUCGUCUUCCCGCGACCGUGACGGGCGUCGUCGUAGUCGCUCGUCGUCUCGUGACAGAAGACAAAAGCGAGACGGAAACAGUCGAUCAUCGUCGCGCGAACGUAACAGCCGUUGGUCACGCAGCUCCAGCCGUGAGUAUGGUGGUCGAAAUCGUUCCAGAAAUAGUCGCAGCCGUAGCUCCAGUCGUGACCGGUUUGGACGAAGGCGUCAAAGAAGUCGUUCGCGAUCGCGCGAUCGUCGCAGCCGUGACAGUAACAGCCGUGAUCGGUACGACGGUGCAUCGCACAGUGGUCGAUCGAAUCGAGUUUCUCGUUUUUCGGACAGAGGUUCGUCCGAUUUCAUCGGUCAGCAACAAUUGCAACAAAAUGCGAUGGUUGAACCCAUCUACGGGCUUCACACGGUACCCGGUGUGGACGGUGGUGUCGGUGGUCGCUCACGGUUCGGACCAAGCCAACCGGGACACUUUUCAACGAUUAGUGGCAAAAUAUCGCCCAGCUCGUUUGGCAAUGGGAUGAUGAAUGGUGGUGGCGUUUUUCGCAACACUUCACCUCUUCCGGAUAGUGUGUACUCGGGCAACACCACUAACCCAACCAAUAGUGGGCCGACUUCGAGCGAUUUCUCGGUGAAACUUUCAAACUUUGAGCUUUCUACAGGGUACGGUGAGAUUCGACGGUUCUUUAAGUCACACAUGAUUUCUACGCAAGGUAUCAAGAUGAUUAACGAUCAACAUGGCCGACGGACGGGCACUGCUUACAUUCAGUUUCUGCGCAAAGAAGGGAAAGAGAGUGCGCUGAUGCGCGACGGUACACUAAUGCGACGGGCACGCGUGAGGAUUGAGUCCAUAACGGAUCACGAGUUUGAAUCGGCGAUUGACUCUUUCAGACCGGGUAAUGAAACGAAUCCGCAGGAUCAGUCAGGCUGGAGGGAUGGCCGUUCUGCUAAUUCCUGGAAAAUGAGCCACGACGAUCAAAAUGUUGCGGGAGGAGCAGAAGAUUCGAGCGAUAGACAUCGUAACCAGUCGUCGGGUAAUGGUGGUACGGGACAGUCUACCGCUCUCACGGUGUGGAACUUACCGUCCUUUACCACCGCGCAGGACAUCAUGAAAAUGUUUUCCGAUUUCACCGUUGUCGAGGUGCUGAUCAUACCAAACCGUUACGCACCGAAGCAGAUGGAUGGAUAUGUAAAGUUUCACCGACCGGAAGAUGCCCGAGAAGCGUGGUCUCAGCUGCAUCGACAUUACAUCGGCAGCAAGAAGGUGACGGUACGGGCGUGUGAGGAAACAGACUACCAGAUGGUGAAGGAAGAGUACGAGAAUCCGGUAUCGGUGGAGGAUAGUCCAUCACAGCAGCAUAACAAUGAUGAACAGAACGAGCAGGACGAUGGUCCUGCGAAUAAUUCCGAUACCGAGAAUGUGAAUGGAAACAAUUGCAACAAUGGUGACAACAACGAUAAUGGCCAGCAAACUCUUCCCAACAAGCAAGGCACACGAUGGGGUUCGAUUGAUAGGAGUAUGGACGAACAGAAUAAUAUAUCUGCACCGUUGACAAAUAUGAUGGACGGACAGCGACGGAUGGAUGGUGAUCCCGGUGCCAAUUCGGAUACGAACAGUUCCUGGCACUACCGUGAUCCUCGUAGGCGCCAGGACGACGAUUCUGGAGACAACGGUGAUGAUAGUAACAACAGUAACUUCAACAAUAAAUUCAACAUGAACAACGGCAAUAAACCGAUCCGGCUUCAUCUUGAUCCUCGCAAGCAUUACAACCGGCUCGGUGGCGCUAAUACCCCCAUGGACAACAGUGAGAUGUUCCAGCGCACUAACUGGUUGUUACUUCGGAACGUGGACUUCCAUGUGUACGAGGAGGAUGUGUAUGCGUUUUUUGGUAACGAUGGGUUCCAGGCGAAAACGGUAAUGCUCGUGCACAACGAGCGUGGUGGCCGUACGGGCGAAUGUUUGGUAGAGUUUGGAUCGCCGAGCGAAGCGCACCAUGCCGAAUCGAAAUCGUCCCAGAAUCUUGGCCGUCGGAAAGUAUUCGCUAGCCAUCUUGAUCGGGGCCAGGUAGCGGAUCUUAUGGCACGGUUCAACGCGAUCGCACAGGGUUUACAGCCUUCGUACUGGUUGCCGGACCAUCUGCAGAACGACAGUAAUGGAAAUGGAAAUAAUGACCAGGAGCAGAAUGAUGAUGAUGAUGAUGAUCCGGAGAAGAAUCAGGGCGUUGGGUGUGGACCGUACCGCACUUCAACGGUUGGUUUGCUAAACCUGGCAUACAAAACGACGGUGGAAGAUGUGCAGAAUUUCUUUGAGGAGUUUAAUCUACCGCCGGAAAACAUACGGCGUCGGUUCCUGGACAAUGGGCAACCCACCGGGGAAGCUAUGGUACGCUUCCAGAACCAUCACGAUGCAGAAAAGGCGCUAAACGAGUAUCAAAACAGACGGCUAUUUGGUAGGAACGUGCGAAUCCGAUUGAUCAAUGACGACUGAAAGGAGGAGAAGGAGCAAGAG